AUGUCUGCCGUCGCAACAUUACGAGGCGAAACCCCGCAGCAGGUUCGCUCCCUGUAUCGCCAAUUACUGCGACAGGGCGAGCAGUUCACGGCCUACAACUUCCGCGAGUAUGCGAAGCGCCGGACAAGAGAUGCGUUCCACGAGCACAAGGACGAAAAGGACUCGCGCAAGGUCCAGGAACUUAUUCAGAAGGGUCUCAAGGAGCUUCAAGCAAUGAAGCGCCAGACAGUCAUCGGACAAUUUUACCAGCUCGACCGAUUAGUCGUCGAGGCGAGACUUUCCGACUCUGGCAAGUCUGGCCAAGUGGCGAAGCAGUAG